AUGACAGGAAGUGUGGAUGAAGGUGAUAGUUGGAAGUAUGAUGAGUUGAGAGAAAGAGUUAGGAUGGAUGAAAAUGUUAGUGAUGAUGGCAGGAAGCGAUUGAUGUGGAUGAUGUGGAAUAGGCAGGUAAUGAAUGGAGUUUUAGCUGGGUUUGAUAGAAGGAAGGUGACUUUGUUUGUAGAUGACAUUUUAAUUGUGAGUGAAACUGUUAAAGAGAAUAUGGAACUGCCUGAGAAGGUGCUAGAUUGCUUGGAAGAGGUUGGAGUGAAAGUGAAACUUGAGAAAUGUAGAUGGUUGGCUGGGGAGGUGGAAUUUCUUGGCCAUAUGGUGAGUGCAAGUGGUGUCAAGAAGAGUGAAAAGUUUGUGAAAAAGUUCAUUCCCUCCACCUCCACACCGCCAAUAGUUCCCGUUUUACGAGUGGAAAUGGGAACCCAAACCGAAGUAUCGCCAAUUGAAGAAAAGGACAUGCAAACCGAAACACCGUCAAUAGCUCCCGUUUUCGAUGUUGAAGCAGGAACGCAAACUGAAGAGAUCACAGUCCCAAGGAGGGACAUCAAAACCCAGACAUACAAGCGACACCCGAGUGUAAUUGGCGACACUCAGACCGACGUCAUUCUCGUGGGAGACUUUACUACCAAUUAUGGAGUGGUUUCUAAUAUUGGAGUGUUCUGCGUUUGCAAUUCUGCUACCAGUACAGAAGCUUACACCACGAUGAGAAUUGAUACACAUCUUAACCCUUAA